UACUUUUCAGCCGGCUUGUGGUCAUUCAUUCAUUCAUAAAGGAGAGAAAGGAAGGCGAGCCAGGCUUUAAUUUCUCGGAUGCGUCCUUCUUUUUACUAGCAGAACGGAGACUUCGGGGGCUUUUUGAGCGGCUGCGCUACACCUGGGAACCGACUACCUUUUUUCCAGUGUGGAAGGAGGAGAGAACUUCCUGCUAGACCCUGCUCUGUAACACGAGCAAGGAGAGAGGCUGUCUGGAAGAAACCAGUUUCCAAAGUGCUUGGAGAAAACUGUGACCCCCAACAACCAGCCAAAGUUUGCACUGAGGAAAGCUUAGUUCUGCACUUGCUCUGAAAUCGGAUCCUCUCGGGAUGAACCUGCAUUUCUGUUCAGUCGUCAGCAUCCUCAUGACUUUCUGCUGGCAUCAGACAUGGGCGCAAGACUGUAGAACACAGGAGUACUGGAGCACUGAAGGCCGCUGUGUCUUGUGUGGAGCAUGUCCACCAGGGGAAGAGCCCGACAGAAAAUGUGGCUUUGGGGAAGGUCUGGGGAUGACGUGCAGGCCAUGUUCGGCAGACUCCUUCUCUUCCAGCUACAGCCUGGAACUUUGCUCACCGCAUACCCGUUGUGAGGACAAGAAGAGGGUCCAUGCCAGCCCUGGAAUAGCCACGGCAGACACCUUGUGUGGGGACUGCAUGCCAGGCUAUUACAGUCCAGAAGGUGAGACGGACCCAAGAGCCAUCUGCCUGCCUUGCUCAUCUGCUCCCAAAGGCAUGCCGGGGUGUCCAGGAUCAAGGAGGUGGCUGACCCGUCUGGCACGGAAUGCGGAGGCCAUGCAGAGGCGAGACGACAAGGCCCUGGCGAACGGCACCCGGGAUGGGAAGCCGGAGGAGAACGCCACGCAGUACGCCGUGCUGGCCAUCGUGCCGGUCUUCUGUGUGAUGGGCCUCCUUGGGAUCCUCUUCUGCAACCUGCUCAUGAAGAAGGGCUACCACUGCACAGCCCAGAAGGAGGCCGAUGAGGAGGGGGCUAAAUCCGAGAGGCACGGGAGCAGCUCUGCCUACAGAAUCGAAGACGCCAAUGAAGACACCAUCGGCGUCCUCGUGCGUCUGAUCACCGAGAAAAAAGAGAAUGCUGCAGUCCUGGAGGAGAUGCUGAAGGAUUACCACAGCAAGCAGCUCAUGCAGCCCGUCUACAAGCCUGUUAACAAGUUGCAUCUCCUGCCUCAGUUUCCCCACAUCUGCCGACAUCAGCACCACCUGCACACCGUUCAGGGCUUAGCUCCUCGCUCGGGCCCCACCUGCACCCGGUGCAGCCAGAAGAAGUGGCCGGAGGUGCCGCUCUCCACGGAAGACGCCGCGGCCGCCACACCCGGCAGCGCGGCCACCAAGCCGCCGAAGGCAGGAAGCAAGGCCAGUCGGCCGGGGGAGAUCACCAUCCUCUCAGUGGGCAGGUUCCGUGUUGCCCGGAUCCCUGAGCAGAAGCCCAGCCCCUCAGAAGUGAAAACCAUCUCGGAGAGCGCGGGAGCACAGCCUGCUGAACCCCCUUACGCCUGCCUCCUUCCCGAGCAAAAACCGCUUGUCGGCAACGGUGUGAAGCCAAAAUGGCUUACAACGGCGGCAGACAGCCAACAAGAGCACAGCCCGUUUGUUGUUAGACUUGGGGAGAGCAACCUGGUUAUCUGAAGGUGAUCAUCUGACUCUGCCGUGCUGCAGGAGAGCUGGACCAGCGGUUGAAUUGGAAGCCUCAGGCCAAGCAGCCCACCCAAGAACUGCAUGCCCUGGGUGCUGUGGAAGGCGAAGGAGGGCCCCCCAUUUCCCCCCUUUGGAAGGCCACCAGUGCCCUGGAGCAUUGUGGGGCAGGCCCCCACAGGUAACGCCGUCCGUGGCAGCUGGAGAGAAACUCCAGAGGACACACCUGGCAUUGCAGAGACGUUUUCCUUUUCUGAGAGAGGACUGAAGGGAAGCGAAGGGU